AUGAAGUUUUUCUCGGUAUUUGUUGUUAUUGUAACUGUGUUAGCAGUGUUUCUCGGUACUAAUGAAGCCCGACCAGGAAAAAUACCCAUUAAUGCUAUAAGAAAAGGAGCCAAAGCUGUUGGUCAUGGUCUUCGAGCUUUGAAUAUAGCAAGCACAGCUCAUGAUAUUGUCAGUGCCUUCAAACAUAAGAAAAGGAAGCAUUGA